UGCGGUGUUUGUCUGCCGGACUUGACGGGCGGCCGGGCGGUGUGCGGCGGCGGCGGCGGCGGGGAAGAUGGCGGCGUCCUCCCUGGAACAGAAGCUGUCCCGCCUGGAAGCAAAGCUUAAGCAGGAGAACCGCGAGGCCCGGCAGAGGAUCGACCUCAACCUGGAUAUCAGCCCCCAGCGGCCCAAGCCCACCCUGCAGCUCCCGCUGGCCAAUGACGGGGGCAGUCGCUCACCAUCCUCAGAAAGCUCUCCACAGCACCCCACACCACCCGUCCGGCCCCGCCACAUGCUGGGGCUUCCGUCUCCCUUUUGCAUGCCCCGCAGCAUGGAGAGCCUUGAGAUUGACCAGAAGCUGCAGGAGAUUAUGAAGCAGACUGGCUACCUGACCAUUGGGGGCCAGCGCUUCCAGGCAGAGAUCAAUGACCUGGAGAACCUGGGCGAGAUGGGCAGCGGUACGUGUGGCCAGGUGUGGAAGAUGCGCUUUAGGAAGACAGGGCACGUCAUCGCGGUCAAGCAAAUGCGGCGCUCGGGGAACAAAGAGGAGAACAAGAGGAUCCUCAUGGACCUGGACGUGGUGCUCAAGAGUCAUGACUGUCCCUACAUAGUGCAGUGCUUCGGGACCUUCAUCACCAACACAGAUGUCUUCAUCGCCAUGGAGCUCAUGGGCACGUGUGCGGAGAAGCUCAAGAAGCGGAUGCAGGGCCCCAUCCCCGAGCGCAUCCUGGGCAAGAUGACGGUGGCGAUUGUGAAGGCCCUCUUCUACCUGAAGGAGAAGCACGGCGUCAUCCAUCGCGACGUCAAGCCCUCCAACAUCCUGCUGGACGAGCGGGGUCAGAUCAAGCUCUGCGACUUUGGCAUCAGUGGCCGCCUCGUCGACUCCAAGGCCAAGACGCGCAGUGCUGGCUGCGCUGCCUACAUGGCGCCUGAGCGCAUCGACCCCCCGGAUCCCACCAAGCCAGACUACGACAUCCGUGCAGACGUGUGGAGUCUGGGCAUCUCGUUGGUGGAGCUGGCCACUGGACAGUUUCCCUACAAGAACUGCAAGACAGACUUUGAGGUCCUCACCAAAGUCCUCCAGGAAGAGCCCCCCCUCCUGCCUGGGCACAUGGACUUCUCAGGGGACUUCCAGUCCUUCGUCAAAGACUGCCUUACUAAAGAUCACAGGAAGAGACCAAAGUAUAAUAAGCUACUUGAACACAGUUUCAUCAAGCGCUACGAGACCCUGGAGGUGGAUGUGGCGUCCUGGUUCAAAGACGUCAUGGCAAAGACCGAAUCGCCGCGGACUAGCGGAGACGUGAGCCAGCCCCACCUGCCCUUCUUCAGGUAGCUGCGUGGCGGCGGCCAGCCCACAGUGGGCCAGGGGCACGGCUGUAGGCCCCCCUUCCCCGCUGGCUGCCCAGCUGCCCGCCAGGGGAGACCUGGGACCUGGAGGCCGCCGAGGGCUGAGGACACAAAGU